ACUAAAAGACCUACUUUGUCGAGCUGUUACACUUGUUCGCUUCUCUCGCUUUACUUUCCGACUUGACAAUGUCUGGACGCGGCAAGCAGGGCGGCAAGGCGCGCGCCAAAGCCAAGUCUCGUUCUUCUCGGGCCGGCCUGCAGUUCCCCGUGGGCCGCGUGCACCGGCUGCUCCGCAAGGGCAACUACUCGGAGCGGGUGGGCGCCGGCGCCCCGGUGUACCUGGCGGCCGUGCUCGAGUACCUGACGGCCGAGAUCCUGGAGCUGGCGGGCAACGCGGCCCGCGACAACAAGAAGACGCGCAUCAUCCCGCGCCACCUGCAGCUGGCCAUCCGCAACGACGAGGAGCUCAACAAGCUGCUGGGGCGCGUGACCAUCGCGCAGGGCGGCGUCCUGCCCAACAUCCAGGCCGUGCUGCUGCCCAAGAAGACCGAGAGCCACCACAAGGCCAAGGGAAAGUAAUUUGACAGCCUCCUGUUUCCGCUAACGCUUUCGAA